GAGAGAGAGAGAGAGAGAGAGAGAGAGAGGAGAAUUGGCUUUCUGGGUCAUUUCCUUUUCAAACUUAUUUGAUUAGCAGAAAAUUUCAGAUCUGAAAGAAGAUACAAGAGGAAAAAGGAGAAUGAAGAAGACAUUUGUUUGUGAUGAAUCAGUGAUCAUCACCAUUCCUCUUGGCAGUCUAAUGGACGCUCGAGACGGUCAACUGAUGCCGGACAAAUUUCAGUGUGUGUACAGAGAUUCCUACAAGGUCUUUGUUGUUAAUGGAAAACCUAAACCUCUCGGAGCAGCCCAAGCCGUUGCUGGCGUGUUCAUUCUCAUUCUGGGUCUGAUUUUCUCUCAGACAGGAUACAUCCAACUCAUCAUCAGGAUCUACACUUUACCCAGUGUUGUGUUUGUGGUCUCUGGUAUGCUGUCCUAUGCUGCUGGACAAUCUCCAAACAUGUACCUGACAAAGCUGUCGUUCUCUCUGAACAUCAUCAGCUUCUUCUGGUCGGUUGCGGCAGUUUGUAUCUGUGCGUUCAGUUUUUCACUGGGUUUGCCCAAUCUGCAGCUCCAUGAAGGAAUCAAGGGACUGAUAAUGAUUCUGCUGGUUACUGAAAAGUUCAUAGCCCUAUUCUUGAUCUACUGGUUGAGUAAAGCUGUAUGCAGACAACAUUUCAACACGUUGCCCAUCAUACUGCUGAAACAGGCGGACUGAAUUUAGAGGCAUGAUGGAGCUCAACAAACUAAGCACCAACCACCUCAUUUACACGGCACCAAACAUACAAAGAGUGUAAAAUUAAAUAUUGUUUUAAAUUUAGAAGUAGUUGAAAAAUAUGCAAAGAGCAGAUUGCAUGUGAAUGAGGCACUUCUUGGAUAUAGAUUACGGAUUAUUUUUGUUCGUAUGCAUCUGCCUGUUUAUAUUGCACUGUUUGGUCGUUUUAUAUCAGUAUUGGUGUUUAUGCACUCCACAGUUACGUUUGUACUACUCUGGGACAAUUAGACCCUUUUUAAAAUAUCUUUUUCACCAGUGGCAUCAUUCAAACAGUCCUGUUUAAUUAAGAUCAUCUUAGCAAAUAGAUGGCGGAUAUGCAGGUGAUGGUUUGGUGCUUCUUAGCUGCCGUGCUGCAUUUUUAUACUGUUGGGCACUGCUCUGUACUUCAUUCAUUUUAGAUCCAUUAAUUACACCCAGUUGUCGGACAAUGUGCCUCAUUUUGACAGUUCUUAUCCUGACUAAAGUAUAAAGUUUGGAACAGAUGACAGAUUCUUGAACUGGACUGAAUUUCGACUUAAUUUCAUUGCUUUUUUUCUUAUCCAUAAAGCAUUUUGCUAUUUUAUAUUUGCAAGUGCAUUUCAUUUCAUGUCAUUAUUUUUUUUUAAAAAUCAUUGUUUAUUUUAACUCUGUUCUUUGUGAAUUAAUGUGUAACUUUUUUUUGGGCAAAUAAAGGAUAUUAUUUUGUUUGUUUAUG